UAAGGAUUCAAGAGAGCAACAAGAACAAGCCAAAAAGCCGAGCAAAGGACAUCCCAAUAAGGAGCAAAAGGAGAAAUCGGCGUUCCUUGCAGAUCUCACCUCACACCGCAUUUUUUUUUUCCAUAUCCGACCGCGGCAAAGUGAACUCUGGAGGAUUAAUACUUACUCUACGCGCUAAUGGUAUUGACAAGGAGCAAAAGCAGUUUAUCUCAGCAGCAGUCCACUGACCGUGUCAACAUCACAGUUUUUGGAGCGACGGGAUUCACAGGCAAAUUCAUUGUCCAGGAGAUCUUCCGCCUUCAGCACGAGCACAAAAUUCCAAAGGCGUUCAAAUGGGCUAUUGCAGGCAGAACCAAAGAACGCCUAGACAGCAUCGCAGAAGCCCUGGCAGCAAAAUAUCCUAAAACAACCAUGCCACAAGUUGUUAUUGCCGAUGUUAGCAACCGCGAAUCUAUCGAUGUUAUGGCGAGAACCUCGCAAGUUAUCAUUAAUGCAGUUGGCCCAUUUCGUUUCCUUGGCGAAUACGUUGUUAGGUCCUGCGUUGAAAACUUCUGCGAUUAUGUAGACAUUACAGGGGAACCAGAGUUUAUUGAAAGGAUGCAGAGAACCUACCAUGAUCAAGCCGUGAAGAGUGGCGUUACUAUUGUCCAUGCGUGCGGAUUUGAUAGUAUUCCCACAGACUUAGGUGUCCUUUGGACCAAAAAUCUAUAUGUAGAGGAAAAUCAAUUGCCGACACAAAUGGAGAUGUUUUUCAAGCUCAAAACUGGUCCAUCAGGCUUACGUGGCAAUUAUGCUACAUACGAAUCUGCCGGUAAGCCAAUUGGUGAAAAGUGUGCAGAGUUUCAUGGGAAGUUUCAUAAAUGGUACAAUUGGGAUGAUGAACUUCAGGCGUACGUCGUUCCAUUUGUAUUUGCAGAUCCUUCGGUUGUCAAAUUGUCGCAAAGACUAUUUCUAACUGGCUAUGGUGUGACCCCUUCAGCAUCAAAACAAGCUCUUCCUCCCACCGUUCAAUUUGCAGCAUAUACCAUUCUUCCAUCUCUCUUAGUAGUUAUUCUAUACUACAUGGUAUUGAUCAUUUUCGGAAGUCUCAGUUCUACGCCUUGGGGACGAACUUUACUUCUCAAGUACCCCGAGUUUUUCUCGUACGGACUGUUUUCUAGAAAUGGACCUACCGACCAACAAUUACAAGAAACAAGUUUCGAAGUUACAUUACGCGCGAAAGGCUAUUCGAGCAAAGCACCCCCAGCCCCUGGAGCUCAACCAAAUGUCGACAUAACCACCAAGGUACAUGGGCCAGAACCAGGCUAUGUUGCUACUCCUCGCAUGGUUGUUCAGGCUGCAUUGGCAUUGCUUGAGGGCAAGCAAAAGAGGGACGUCCCUGUAGGUGUUUUGACACCUAGCGUUGCCUUUUGGCAAACCGACUUAAUAGAUCGGCUGCAACAGGUUGGCAUUCAAUUCGAACAAAUCUAGUCAAAACGUAUCUAUCUUAUCCCAUGCCUCUCCUCGUUAUAACGAGUAAGAAGAUGCACAUUAUCAUAUGCUUCCUAUGGAUAUGGACGCUUUCAUAUCUUAUCUCCUUUAAUAAUAAGAACCAAAAGACAAACUACAAAUUGAGAUGGCUAUAUUACAUGUUUGAUU